AUGGAGGAGGAGGUGCUUGGGAGUAUCUUUGCCUUGUCAGGAAGCUUAAAGUUAGGCGUUCAGAGAAAGUCUUCAAAAUGGACUCUUUAUGAGCAGGUAGCUAUUGCCGCUAUGGAUUGCCAAUGUCUAGAUGUUGCAAAGGAUUGCAUAAAGGUUUUGCAGAAGAAAUUUCCAGAGGGCAAAAGGGUUGGUCGGCUAAAUGGCAUGUUGCUUGAAGCAAAGGGAUUGUGGGCUGAGGCAGAAAAGGCUUCCUCCAGUCUUUUAGAGGACAAUCCGCUUGAUCAAGUAAUACAUAAGAGGAGGAUAGCCAUGGCAAAAGCUCAAGGAAAUAUUUCAGAGGCUAUUGAAUUGCUUAAUAAAUAUCUGGAAAUAUUUAUGGCGGAUCAUGAGGCUUGGAGAGAACUAGCAGAGAUAUAUGUCUCCUUACAAAUGUACAAGCAAGCGGCAUUCUGCUACGAGGAGCUUAUUUUGUCUCAGCCUACGGUUCCAUUAUAUCAUUUGGCCUAUGCUGAUGUGCUUUACACACUCGGUGGACUAGAAAACCUUCAGACUGCCAAGAAAUAUUAUGCAUCCACUAUAGACUUGACUGGGGGUAAGAAUACCCGAGCACUUUUCGGAAUUUGCUUGUGCACCUCAGCCAUAGCACAGGCUUCAAAAGGAAGGAACAAGGAAGACAAGGAGAGUCCAGAGCUCCAGUCUUUGGCAGUAACAGCCUUGGAGAAAGACUACAAGCAGAGAGCCGCUGAUAAACUCGGUUUGCUUGUGCAUUAAGAAGUUUGAAAAAUUAGUCUCGAAAAUGUAGUCUCAACACCGAUGACAUCGAUUGAACACUUGAAUUAUUGCCCCAUACUCUAGAAUAGAAAAGGGGUUUGACAAUAACUUUAAUGUUUUAAAGAUUCGAAAUUUCUGUCUGACGAAUUUGAGUUACAAGCCGCCAUUCAUGUGUGCUUUCCACUUUGUUUUGCCAUUCUUCUUAUCUGUUUGAGGUUCUGAUGUAUUAUUUAGCAUACUGCCAUAAAAAGAACUAGAAAACUUAUGAGAUGAUUCUUCUUUCUUUCUCGUAAUUUCAUUUUUGGAACA